AAGAGAAAGUGCGCAUCUUGGAGGUUUGUCACGGACACCAUUGAAUUGGAAAUUUCCACCGGAAGUGAAAUGGUUUCUAUGUUACUAAAUUGACGCCGGCUGAGCAACUCAUUCAGAGAGAGAGUUUGAGGUCAGGAUCUGGGUGCUGACCGCUGACUUUAAUUUCCCGUGGAGAGAGGCGACAUUGACAGCCAGCGGUGUAGCUGCCACACACGCAUUCAAAGUGUCCCCUGCCUCCUGUGGAUGACUUCGCUUUGUUCCUCGGCUGAUUAAAAAGACCCGGGUCUCUCUUCACGGCAGAGUUCAGGAUUGCACUACAAUGUCUGCGGCGGCUUCUCUGCUGUAAGCACACAAAGGUUAUGCUGCCCAAAAGCUGUCUGAGUCCCAGUGAGAAAGAGAAGGGCUAAAGCCACACAGAUCCACACCAGCUUUCCAGUUAGCUCUCCAGCAGCGACUUCACUGUGGAGCCAUGAGCAACCCCGGCGCUCCAAACAAGAUUACAGAUGCUGUGGCAUCAGUUAUUCACAGCCCAGAGGUUUCUACUGCCUCAUCACAUGGGUCUCCUCGCCCUGAUGAUGAGGAUGAUGGGGACCUGAACAAAGCUUUGGGUGUCCAGCGCUUCCAGCAGAUCCUCAGCCCCGCGUCUGUCAUACCUGACGAACAGCACCACAACUACCAUGAAGAGGACAUCGAAUACCAUCGUCACUCCUCUCACCACAUCCACCGCCCUCUGUCCAAAUUGCCGCCUGAGGGACGCAGGAAGAAGAGCAGCAAGAAAAGGAAGAAGGACAAAGAUCACAAAAGCAGCCAAGUUCCCAGCAGCGGACCCAUUGAGGAGGGAGAGGAUGAAGAGGAAGAGGAGGAUGAAGUGACAGAGACGACUUCUGGUCCCUCAGAGUCAGAGAAAGUCAAAGAUGUGGAGUUCUUUCUCUCGGAUGACGACCAUGUGUCCAAACGUGGCAAAGACAGCCCUCACUCAGCUCGUGAGCUGGACAUCGUACCUCACUCUGCAGACGGAGCAGAUCCUGAUGAUGCCACUUCCUCAGAUGUACCAACCUCACCCGACGCUUCAAGCCCUGCUCCCCAGUUAGCGCUACCUGAACACAUACCCCUGACCCGGGUGUCCUCCGCCAGCCGCAGCUACGACCUGCAGGAGCGCCGGCGCACUGGCAACAUGACGGGUACGGAGCAGGCCAAGUACCAGCGGAUCCCUACGGAUGAGAGCGAGGCUCAGACGCUGGCCUCAGCUGACCUGGAUGGCAUCAAGAGUCACCGUUUUGAAGAUGUCCCCGGCGUGCGCAGACACCUGGUCAGAAAGAGCACCAAGGGACAAGUGGUGCACACUGGAAAGGACCACAAAGAGCCGACCACUCGCAGCCGUAAGCAGGACCGAACUCCACAUGAGGUUUUUGUGGAGCUGAAUGAGCUGACUAUGGACAAGAACCAGGAGAUGCAGUGGAAGGAGACAGCUCGAUGGAUCAAGUUUGAGGAGGAUGUGGAGGAAGAGACUGACCGCUGGGGGAAACCUCAUGUGGCCUCGCUGUCCUUCCGCAGUUUGCUGGAGCUCCGAAAAACCAUCUCUCACGGUGCUGUGCUGCUGGACCUGGACCAGAAGACCCUGCCUGGCAUCGCCCACCAGGUGGUGGAGCAGAUGAUCAUUUCUGACCAGAUCAAAGCUGAGGACCGAGCCAACGUCCUGAGGGCCCUGCUGCUGAAACACAGUCACCCGAGCGAUGAGAAGGAGCACAGUAGCCCUUUCCCCAGGAACAUCUCUGCUGCUAGCCUGGGCAGUCUGAUAACACACAACCACAGCGGCAACCACUCCCAUCAGACUGAGCCGUCUGUGACCGACCCGCUCAUGGGAACCAUCCAUGCUGUGGGGGAAACAGACACACGCAUCGACAUGGAGAAGAACGAGGUGCAGCAGAAGGAGCCACCUGUUGCGUAUGGUAUGCAUCGCUCCAAAUCCAAACAUGAGCUGAAGCUGCUGGAGAAGAUUCCUGAAAACGCUGAGGCCACUGUUGUCCUUGUGGGCAGCGUGGACUUCCUGGAGCAGCCCACCAUGGCGUUUGUGCGGCUGCAGGAGGCGGUGGAGCUGGAGUCUGUUCUGGAGGUCCCUGUGCCGGUCAGGUUCCUCUUCGUGCUGCUUGGACCCCCCACCACAAGCAUGGACUACCACCAGAUAGGACGCUCCAUCUCCACACUCAUGUCUGACAAGCAAUUCCAUGAGGCGGCCUAUCUGGCAGACGACAGGCAGGACCUGCUGAACGCCAUCAACAGCUUCCUGGAUUGCAGCAUCGUGCUGCCGCCUUCAGAAAUGGGAGGCGACGAGCUGCUGCGCUCAGUCGCUCGCUUUCAGAGGGAGAUGCUGCGCAAGAGGGAGGAGCAGGGGGUCAAACUGCUGGCCAAGGAACCUAAAAGCCUUGAAGAGAAAGAAGCUCUCCUCACACCUUCAAAAAAGUCAGACGACCCUUUGGAGCGAAGUGGGCGUCCCUUCGGUGGGCUGAUCCGAGACGUGCAGCGUCGUUACCCAAAGUACCUGAGUGACUUUAAGGACGCCCUGAACAGUCAGUGCAUGGCUGCUGUCAUCUUCAUCUAUUUUGCUGCUCUCUCUCCAGCCAUCACGUUCGGAGGCUUACUGGGUGAGAAGACAGAAGGCCUGAUUGGUGUUUCGGAGCUGAUUGUGUCCACAGCAGUGCAGGGUGUGAUCUUCUGCUUGCUUGGGGCACAGCCGUUACUCAUUGUGGGCUUCUCUGGACCGCUGCUGGUCUUUGAAGAAGCUUUUUACAGUUUCUGCAAAGCAAACGGAAUCGAGUACUUGACAGGCCGCGUCUGGAUCGGAUUCUGGCUCAUCAUCAUCGUGAUGGUCACUGUGGCCUUCGAGGGAAGCUUCCUUGUUCGCUUCGUCUCCCGCUUCACCCAGGAGAUCUUCUCCUUCCUCAUCUCCCUCAUCUUCAUCUGCGAGACCUUCAUCAAGCUCGGCAGGAUUUUCAAAGAGCACCCGCUGAAAAGUUGCUCCCUGGACAACAGCACAGGAGGAGACGCCUCAGCAGAAAACAUCACACUGAUGCUGAGCAACAACAUAUCUCACCCGAAUAUGCACAUCACAGGGAAGCCCAACACCGCGCUGCUCUCUCUGGUCCUCAUGGCAGGAACGUUCUUCAUCGCUUUCUACCUGCGCAAAUUUAAGAACAGUGCUUUCUUCCCUGGAAGGUUUCGCAGGAUGAUCGGAGACUUUGGCGUUCCGAUCGCCAUCCUCAUCAUGGUCCUCGUGGAUUACAGUGUAGACGACACAUACACACAGAAACUGAGCGUUCCUCGGGGAUUCUCUGUGACGAGCCCGGACAAACGUGGCUGGUUCAUCAGUCCACUGGGUACACACAGUCCGUUCCCCAUCUGGAUGAUGUUUGGCUGCUGUUUGCCCGCUCUGCUGGUUUUCAUCCUCAUCUUCAUGGAGACUCAAAUCACAACCCUGAUUGUGAGUAAGAAGGAGCGGAUGCUGGUGAAGGGUUCUGGUUUCCAUCUGGACCUGCUGCUGAUCGUGGUGCUGGGCGGCAGCUCGGCUCUCUUCGGCCUGCCGUGGAUGGCGGCUGCGACCGUUCGCUCUGUGACCCAUGUCAACGCCCUCACCGUCAUGAGCAAGGCUGUCGCUCCUGGAGACAAGCCUCGUAUCCAGGAGGUGAAGGAGCAGAGGGUCACCGGGCUACUGGUGGCCAUCAUGGUUGGUUUGUCUAUUGUCAUAGGAGACCUGCUGCGUCAGAUUCCCCUGGCCGUGUUGUUUGGUAUCUUCCUCUACAUGGGUGUGAUGUCCCUGAACGGUAUCCAGCUCACAGAGCGGAUGAUGCUGCUGCUCAUGCCACCAAAGUAUCAUCCUGAUCACACCUACGUACGAAAGGUCCGGACUCUGCGUAUGCACCUGUUCACCUGCAUCCAGCUGGUGUGUCUGGCCGUGCUCUGGGCCGUUAUGUCCACACAGGCUUCUCUGGCUUUCCCCUUCGUCCUCAUCCUCACCAUCCCUGUGAAAGUGUUCCUGCUGCGCCGCAUCUUCAGCGUCAGAGAGAUCGCAUGUCUGGAUGCCGAUGACGCAGAGCCGAAGUUUGACGAACGCGACUGUCAUGAUGAGUACUCAGAGAUGCACAUGCCUGUGUAACCCACAACAAGCCCUUAUCUUACCACUGAACUCUUAGUGACACUAGAACUAGAGACACUACCGACCAAUGAGUCUUUAGAAGGUGAAACACCCACAUAUGAUUCUCCAUCACUGUGCACCGCUGGACUACUUGUAAAUCGCAGUCACAAAGUACAGUGUGUUAGGCGUUCGGCAACACUUCAACAGUUCUUGUAGCUUUUUGUCAGAUUGUUGUGAGCUCAGAGAACGAUGUCCGACUGAGGAGAUUAAACAAAGUGUUCACUUAUUCUUUUUAAAACAUAUUUCAGGGGACAAGAGAUUCCAAAUCAAAUGAUCUCGAGUUUAAAUUAAAUGCUCUAACCAUAGAUAGAAUCACAAGAUUAAUUUUUUAGCCCUGAAAGGUUGCUCUGAUUCACAUUGAAUAUGUGGAGGAUAAAUGGGAUUUAUCAUUUUAUAUUAACAUGCUGAGUUACUGCUAAACUAGCUCUUCGCUUUUUUCAUGUUUUACGCUCACUAAGCGCCUUGUGAAGGAAACAAAAAGGUAUACUGAGAGGUGUUUAUUUUUCCUCAUUCUGUCUUAUUGUAGACAGCUGAUCACUUUACCCGCCUCCUGAAGCUCGUAGCACUUUUAAAAGACACCAAAUCUGAACAAUGACUGUAUUUUAUGUGAUCAUUUUAUCUUCCCUAGAGUCUGCCUACAUCCCUUCAAUAUCAGUGUUGCUUACGUGUGCUUCUUAAAUGACUAUCUGUGUUGAUUUUUAGUCUAUCCUACUCAAACCAUGCUUUUUUUAUGUACUCAAAUGCAGCAGUUUAGAUAAUACGUUGGUAUUUUAUGUCCAAUUCUGUGCCUGCAGUGAAUUGAGAUCACCAGCAGAGGGAGAUCUUGCAGGAAUGUGACGAUGACAUAUUAAAGAUAGGACAGUAAGAUGCAGCUCCUAUGACACAUGCCAUGAAGUCAUGUUUUGUUUUAAUAACACAUUUGUAUUAGACUUAACUUAACACAUAAAUAUAUACUCUUAAUGCCUCCACACACAGGUUUAGAGCACUAAUUUACUAACGUAGGGAUUUUUUUGAGGUCUCACUUGUUGUGGUUGAUUUAUGGGAGUCACUGUAAUUUAUUGGUUUCUUUGUCCAAGUGCCAAAUGUCUGCUGUAAAUAGUGUUGUGGUCAGAAGAAUAAGCUGCAGCUCAGCCAUCUCACAUCUCCUAACAUUGUUGUAAGCCUAAAAUAAGAAAAAUCUGCAGUUCAACAUUCCUCGUUUUAUCAUGAUCUUGCUGUUUGUCAUGGCUUCGACUUCUUGUUUAAACAUUUCAUUCACACUCAUGUUAACUUGGUCGACCAAAUUCCACACAACGCUGUGUAGACAAUCUCAAUAUUCAUGCAACACUGAGAGGGAAGGAUUUUAAAUCUAUAUAUAUAUGUUUUUUUUCUUUUUUUUUUGUUUUUGUUUUGUGUCAUGUUGUAUCAGUGUGACAUGGAUUGGUUAAAGCUUUGACUGUGUCAAAUAAUUAAAAUUUUUGGUCCUCUGUUACUCUCGCGUGUGUAUUUCUGACACUACUCUCCCCCCUCUGAACUGUCCUGCCUCAGCCUGACUGAUGCUGUGAUCUUGUGCCUGUUUGCUGUCACAAAGGCGCACAAAAUCAAAGUGCCUGUGGGACCAUGAAGUGAUCCGCUACAAGUGUGUGUUUGUAAAGAUGACAAACGUGUUACAAUAGUUUGCACUUUAGAGACGCUUCUAAAUCAGACAUCUUUCCAUUAUUUAUCUGUCUUAGUAUAAAGCAUCACUGCUGUUUCUGAAGGAUCAUUUGGAGUUUGUCGCACAAUCUUUCUGUUGUAAAUUACACACACAUUUGGCUGCAUCAUUACCAUGGAAAAAUGAAGAGGUGUUCAUGAGAAGAAGGCAGUGGAUAACUGUGUCAGUUUUGUGUUUGCUUAUUGUGCCUGUGAAUGAAGUGAAGGCAGUCUGUGUAAGCCAAAGUAUCUGUCAAAUUCGUGAAAUGCUGAUCCAUUAUGUUGUUCCAUUUCAAAAGCAAUACAAAAUCAGAGGGACGAUAGCUGAUGUCCCCUUGUGGAUUCAUGGUUGAAAUAUUGAUGACAAAUAAAAGUUAUUUUCUAUUUA